AAUUACCGUCCCAUAUCAAACCUUACAUCCAUAUUCAAAAUCAUUGAACGUGCGGCCUUAAGAAGAAUUCAACCUUACAUCACUUCAUAUCCUAACUAUUCACCUUUACAAUCAGCUAUUCAGAUCAAUCAUUCUACUGAAACGGCUCUACUUCAUAUCCCAGAUAAUGUAUUUAAUUUAUGCAACAAUAAAAAAAAC